AUUACAUACAACACGAGUAAAACACAAUAUUGUCCUCAAAUUUUCAAGCCUCAACGAUGCAUUCAAGUUAGAGCUGCAGGUUUUGAACUCAGUCGACAGUACACCAGCUCUUUAGAUUUACAUAAUCGCAACUUGAAGUUGUUCAUUCGAAAUGGCCGCAACAUAUCCCAUCGCUGUUCCCUCUCUGGCAGACAUGUUCCCUGAACUCCCACAGAUCCCCGUUGUAACAAACUGUAGAAUCGAUGAAAGCAAAGCUGCUGGAGAUCCCAUUGACGAGGAUGCUGCACACAGCGCAGAGCAGACGGUGCAUGUACUGCAAGCCCUCAGGCGUACCGUUCCGGAGCUCACCGAUGCUCAUAUAGAAGGUGCAAAAAACCGCGCACAUGUGCUGCGUGCAAUUCAUGCAAGUAGAGCAGUUGGGCCGGGCGACAUUCUAGCUACCUUGAAUGACAUUCGAGGAAACUUGGAUGACAUGCAAAGGAAUUUCACUGAAACCUUGGAACAGAUCCAAGCAAUCAUGCAGCGGAACCAGGCCAUGAUCGCCAAUAUUCGACUGGCAAGACAAAACCACGUGGUACCUCGUGAUCGAGAUAACUACACUCCACUUCAGAAAACCACAAGUGGACAUGGUCGUAAUCUUGCAGUACAAGCGUCCCGGCAAGAGCAUCUUAACCAGAUCCCCCCCAGUGCCACCAUCCAGGUCGCUGAAGUAGGAACUUGCCCCCCCUUCUGGAAUCCUGUCAUCGAUGGGUAUACAAUGAGAAACAUCUUCCAGUUGAUCAUCUUCUAUAACGAUGAUUUCGACAUUCAACCGGUAGAUAAUGUGGAGGUCAGGAAGUAUAAAUUUCGUCACUGGUUGUGUUCUCUCGCUGCCUCAUAUCUUGCGUUGGAUCGUUAUCGUUCAUCAGGGAAAACCUCCUUCACGAAAUCAAGGUAA